AUGGUAGUGGCUGACAUCCAGUCCAUCGAUCUUCUUCCCUUGACACAGAGCAAGUUAGGAUGGGGACGUCGGGGUUCUGCCUCAUGGCAACGUGGCAUCGUCGCUGCAUUUUUUAUGCUAGCAUGUCCGGUCAUAGUCGUCCUACCGUGGGUCGCACUUGAACAUUUUGAAAAUUCAAUUGUGUCUACGAUUUCCGCAUUACUUCGGCAGGGUCCCGUGGACUUCCUAUGUGCGUACUAUCCGCAACUUAGAUCUGACGUGUUCUUGGCCUAUCUGGGAUGGGUAAUCUUCCAAGGGAUACUAUAUAGUACUCUUACCGGGAAUGGCUUGCACCGAGGCCAGAAAACCCCAUCGGGACACGUAUUAGAAUACAAAGUGAAUGGGUUCGCAGCAUGGACAUUGUCCGUGACAAUAGCGAUUGGAUGUACGUGGAUGAAGGUGUUUGACUUGGCCAUUAUCGCCAAACAAUGGGGCGCUCUCAUAGCCACCCUGAAUGCCUACGGGCUUGUGUUAGCAGUUGUGUUCUAUAUCAAGGCUCAUAUAUACCCGACCCAUGAGGGAGAUCGGCGAUUCAGCGGCUCCUUUUUCUACGACCUCUACAUGGGCAUCGAGCUGAAUCCCCGUCUCUUUAGCCAGUACUGGGAUGUGAAGCUCUUUCAUAACGGACGACCAGGUAUCAUAGGAUGGGCGCUGAUUGACCUUUCAUUCAUUGCGCAACAGUACCAAAAGCAUGGCAUCAUCACACACUCCAUUAUAAUCACAUUUAUCCUCCACGUCCUGUACAUCGCCGACUUUUUCUACCACGAGGACUGGUACCUCCGGACUAUUGAUAUCGCCCAUGACCACUUUGGCUUCUAUCUUGCCUGGGGAUCCGCUGCCUUCCUACCGUCCAUGUAUACACUUCAAACACAGUUCCUCGCACGGUCUCCGCUUGAACUGCACCCUGCUUUAGCAGCUUUGGUUCUUGCAGUCGGAAUCGGAGGAUACUACAUAUUCCGCUCCGCAAACAACCAGAAGGACAAUGUACGAAAGUUGGGGGGCAAAUGGCAAGACUCCGAAGUGAUCGAAUGCUCGUACACUACCGCGGAUGGGAUAAAGCACCAUUCGGUUCUUUUGUGUUCAGGGUGGUGGGGGUUUUCGCGACAUCCAAACUACUUGGGCGACUUGCUGCUCUCGUAUGCCAUGUGCGCCACCUGUGGUUUGAAUCAUCUUUUGCCAUGGUCAUACGCGAUUUUCAUGACAACGAUUCUGACACAUCGUUGUCUGCGUGAUGAGGCAAAGUGCGCGGAGAAGUACGGCGAGUACUGGGAGGCAUACUCUGAGAGAGUGCCAUGGAGGUUGCUGCCAGGGGUUUGGUGA